AAUAUUAUUCAGUGAAACUCUUAAUUAGAUUAUUUUAAUACUCUGCGAUAAUACUUGGCAAUUCCAUUCACUAAUUCUCGACCUUCCAAUACGAAACUCUUCCUUCUCCCAGACAGUGUGGAGAAUUGCUGGACAAUCAUGGAGAAAUUACACUCAUAUCAAGGCUUUGCAGGACGUUUUCACGAGUGGCGUGACGAAGUGAAAGACAGUUACAGCAAUUGGCGUGAAAGUGGCACCUGUGAAUGCUGGGAAGGUGUUAAGAGUGGCUUGAGAAAUUUAUCAUCUCUCAUUCGCGGAAACAAUUUGCCAGAACAUCAGGACUUUUCCCACUUGUACAGGAGGAAAUCGCGACGGGAAUUGGUGCGAAUAUCUACCGCCGUGAUGGGCAUUGAGUUUUCCUACGCCGCAGAAACGGCUUUCGUAUCUCCGACUCUUUUGAAAAUCGGAGUUUCCCACCAGAAAAUGACGAUGGUGUGGGCUUUAUCGCCUCUCAUUGGAUUCUUCCUCACACCAAUUCUUGGCUCCUUAAGCGAUCGCUGUCGCCACUGGCUUGGCCGAAGACGUCCUUUCAUCAUUCUCCUCUCUGUUGGUGUGCUUCUGGGUCUGCUCCUGGUGCCGAACGGAGAGAAUAUUGGCUAUGCUUUUGGUGAUUCAGAAUUCAAUGACACAUGGUCAAAUAGUUCCCAAACUAUCGUCCUUCCUCAUCGAUCAUCUGCAUCAGAUUCCACGGUGAUUGAGACACCGGAGAGAGAGAAUUAUCAUCCCUGGGGCAUCUUCUUCACCAUCCUGGGAACCGUUCUACUCGACUUUGACGCUGAUGCCUGCCAAAGUCCCUCCAGAGCGUAUCUCUUGGACGUUACACUGCCGGAAGAUCACGCAAAAGGCCUCUCGACAUUCACCAUCAUGGCAGGCUUGGGAGGAUUCAUGGGAUACUCUCUUGGCGGCAUCAAUUGGGAUGAUACGGCCAUUGGAAUUCUGCUGGGAGGACAUGUGAAGGCCGUUUUCUCCCUAAUCACAGUCAUAUUUGUCAUCUGUGUUUCUUACACUGUCACCAGUUUCAGCGAAAUUCCACUGGAUUUGGUCGAAAGACAAACACAAUCAGAUGUUACAGAUCAACCACGUGACAUUCCCAAUCGUCACGCAACUAAGAGACACUCGGCAGAGGUUCAAAGUGGUCUGAUAACCCAUAAAAACGAGAGUUAUGGCGCACUAAAUGAAACUGAAGAUGAUCAUAUGCUAAGCGUACCAAAGAAUAAUCAAAAAAGAAGAUACACACUCCCACCAAUUCCCAUCAAUGUCCCGAGAAUGCCUUCAGAAGAGGAAGAAACGGCAGAGACAACAUUCACAGAAAAUGUUCAGGUUCCAGUUCAUGUUCCUGAUCAAAAUCAGGAAGUCGCUUCGCUAUCACACUAUCUUCUAUCAAUAGUCUGGAUGCCCUACUCACUGAGAAUCCUCUGUCUCACCAAUUUCUUCUGUUGGUCUGCUCACGUUUGCUACUCACUGUAUUUUACAGAUUUCGUGGGUGAAGCUGUAUUUGGAGGAGAUCCAAAGGCCACUGAGAGUGACCCAAAAAGGAUUCUGUACGAGAGUGGUGUUCGCUUUGGAUGCUGGGGAAUGGCGAUGUAUUCGCUAUCCUGCGCCUGUUAUUCGCUCAUCAUAGAGAAACUGAUAAAGAGAUUUGGUGCCAAGCGAGUCUACAUUGGCGGCCUUCUCUUCUACUGCUCCGGAAUGACACUGAUGGCUCUUACCAAACAUCGCAUUGGCGUGAUUCUCUUCAGCUGGACAGCCGGCGUUAUGUACUCAACUCUCUUCACAAUGCCCUACCUUCUCAUAGCGCAUUAUCACUCCCAGGGAACUUUUGAAGUCACUGCUGAAGGCAAUGCGAAAUUGGGCACUGAACUGCGAGGCCUCGGAACAGACGUGGCAAUCGUGAGCAGCAUGGUGUUCCUAGCUCAAUUCAUGCUGUCUCUCUGCAUGGGAACAAUUGUCUCCUGGUCAGGAACAACCACGGCAGUUGUGAGUGUUGCCAGCUUUCUCAGCUUCUGUGGAGCACUUUCGGCCACACAAGUAAUGUACCUCGACUUGUAAUUGCUCACAAUACACAA